AAUUCUAGAGAGUGGGUUUCUUCCUAUUCCGCAUUACCAUAAAGGAGGAAGGAAAUGCUAUUUUAAGUUGCUCUGUAUUCUCCCCAAAGCCUAUAUCGUAGCGUAUCGUCAACCACCAGCGGCGGCGGCGCAACACCACCAAACCAAUCGACGAAACCACCCCUCAGAUCUGAUUUCGUCUCGAUGGCUUCGAAGCGGAUCUUGAAGGAGCUGAAGGAUUUGCAGAAGGAUCCUCCUACUUCCUGCAGCGCUGGACCUGUUGGUGAGGACAUGUUUCACUGGCAAGCUACUAUAAUGGGUCCGCAGGACAGCCCUUACUCCGGCGGGGUUUUUUUGGUUACGAUUCAUUUCCCUCCGGAUUACCCCUUCAAGCCUCCAAAGGUGGCAUUCCGGACCAAGGUUUUCCACCCUAACAUCAAUAGCAACGGCAGCAUUUGCCUUGACAUCUUGAAGGAGCAAUGGAGCCCAGCCCUAACAAUUUCCAAGGUGUUGCUGUCGAUCUGCUCACUUCUUACAGAUCCGAAUCCUGAUGAUCCCCUGGUGCCCGAAAUUGCUCAUAUGUAUAAGACGGACAGGACCAAGUAUGAGCAAACUGCUCGGAGCUGGACUCAGAAAUACGCAAUGGGAUAAACAACCCGGGUAAUCCUACUGCUUAUCUUGAUGCAUGUAUAAAACUGUGUUGUCUGUGUUGUUCGUUCUAAAACAUGAAUAUGUCAGAAAACUGAUUCGGUUCGAUAUAUUUUCUUUUUUCUUUUUUCUUUUUGGUUUAAGGAAUUCAUGAUGUUUGCUUCAUCCAAUAUGAACUUUGAAUUGAUUGUUGAAUUUGUAAUGGAAUGGUAAAAAAGGAUUGUUGUGUUUCA